CAAGACGCCGGUGGAGGAAGAGACGUGUUACGGAAAAGGACGUUAUUUAGAAAUGAUUAUAGACUUAUUCAAAUAAUUAUUGCUUCUAUCUAAACGACUAGUAGUACAUUUAUAUGAGAAGAAAAUGGCUAUAAUCAGAAGGUAGUGGCGGCUUGAAUGAGCGGUUUACUUCAAUUUAACGUUCUAAUUGUACAGUUUGAAUUGUCCUGUCUUUAACAGGGACUAAAUGCGCUGCUAAUUUGCAGUCGCACAAAGUUAUUUGACAGUUUCUAAGUGCAAAGAUGGCUUCUGUUAGACAUAUAAUCAACAGUAGAUGGUUAUUUCAUCUUAGUAAACCACAAAUUGUGAAUAGCAGCCUGCUAAGACUGUUCAGCACCUCCAGCAGAUGCAUGACUAUCAUGCCAGCCUGGGUUAUCGAUAAAUAUGGAAGCAAUGAUGUUUUACGGUUUACUAAAAAUGCCAGCUUCCCGAUCAUCAACUACCCCAAUGAGGUUAUUGUCAAAGUGUUUGCAGCAGGAUUAAACCCAAUUGAUGUCAGCAUGAGAGGUGGCUAUGGUGCAGCUACACUGUCUAUGAAGAGAGACCCUCUGAAUAUCAAGCAGUCAGACAGCGAGUUCCCUCUCAUUCUGGGAAGGGACGUGUCUGGGGUCAUCAUGGAGUGUGGCUUGGAUGUGAAGUACUUCAGAGAGAGGGAUGAGGUUUGGGCGGCAAUCCCACCAUGGAAGCAGGGCAGCUUAGCUGAGUUUGUGGUUCUUAGUGCAAAUGAGGUAUCCCACAAACCAAAGUCACUGAGCCACACAGAGGCAGCAGCCAUCCCAUAUGUGGCGAAUACUGCCUGGUCAGCAUUGGUUAACACUGGUGGGCUCAAUAAGGACAACUGUUCUAAGAAGCGGAUUUUGAUCCUUGGAGGAUCUGGGGGAGUGGGAACAUUUGCUAUACAGAUGCUGAAGGCGUGGGGAGCCCAUGUGACUGUUACGUGCUCCCAGAAUGCUGAGCGGUUUGUAAGGGAGCUGGGGGCAGACGAUGUGGUGGACUACACCGCUGGACCAGUUGAGGAGCCACUCAGUGCACUGGAGAAAUUUGACCUGAUCCUGGAUAACGUUGGGGGGGACACGGAGCGCUGGGCGCUGAAUCUGCUUAAGCCUUGGAGCGGCGCCAAGUAUGUUACUCUUGUAACACCUUUCCUCCAGAACACUGACAGACUGGGUAUUGCUGAUGGUAUGAUGCAGACUGCUGCUACAGUGGCCACCAAGGCCCUCAAGCACCUUGUUAAAGGAGUUCACUACCGUUGGGGAUUCUUUGCACCAAGUGGUCCUGCAUUGGAUGAAGUUAGGGAAAUGGUGGAUGCAGGACAGAUCCGGGCUGUGGUGGAGGAGACUUUCAGCUUUUCCCAGGUUCCCGAGGCCUUCGACAAAGUGGAGAAGGGUCACGCCCGGGGGAAGACUGUGGUCCAGAUCAGUAAGGGGGGAGAUGACUUAUAGCAUUGACUCUUAGAUAAUGUGCAUUUCUCUGCACAACUAUGAGACAAAUGAAAUGACUGACUGAAAAUAAUUUGAUUUUGUAGUUUUACUGUGUGUUUGGUUGCCGAUAAUGUGUGCCCUCUCUAAGCACUGUAUUAGGAACACCUGUAAACCCGCCCAUUUGUGCAAUUAACCGUUUUUCACUGAGUUAACUCAGAAUAGAGCCAAAAACAAAAAAACCCUUCCAUUGAGUAGCAGUUCUGUGGAGGGAAGAACCUCGCUCAUGAGAGAGGUCAGAGGAGAAUAGACAGACUGGUUGGAGCUGAUAGAAAGGCUAAGGUCACUCAAGAUAACCACUAUUUACAAUUUAUGGUGAGCAGAAAAACUUUUCAGAAUGCACAACACAUUGAACCUUAGGGUGGAUGGGCUACAACUGCACAUAACAACAUUAAGUUCUACUCUUGUCAGCCAAGAACAGAAAUCUCAGGCUGCAGUGGACUCAAGCUCACCAAAACUGGACAGUUGACAACUGAUAAAAUGUAGCCUGGUCUGAAGAAUCUGUAUUUCUGCUGAGACAUGUGGAAGGUAGGGUCAGCAUUUUGCUUCAACAGCAUGAAUGCAUGAACCCAAUCUGCUUUGUGUCAACAGUCCAGGCGGCUGCUGCUGCUGCUGCUGCUGGUGGUGGUGGUGGUGUAAUGAUGUAGGGAAUGUUUUCUUGGCACACUUGAGGUCCCUUUAUACCAAUCAGUUAUUGUUUGAACACCACAGUCCAUCUGAGUAUUGUUACUGACCAUGUCCAUCCCUUUACUGCCUCAGUUUAGUAUCUUCUAAUGGCUCCUCCUAGCAUGAUAAUGCACCAUGUCACAUGUUUCAUGAACAUGACAGUAAGUUCAGUGAACUUCUGAGGCCUCCCCAGCUGCCAGAUCUAAAUCCAACAGAAUGUCUUUGGGAUGUGGUAGAUCAGGAAAUUGGCAGCAUGAAUGUGCAGCUGACAAGUAGAAAUGAUGUGAUGCAAUCAGGUCAACGUGGACCAGAAUCUCAAAGGCAUGUUUCCAGCAUCUUGUGGAAUCCAUACCAUAAGGAAUUGAGGCUGUACCCAGUAUUAGUAUGGUGUUCCUAAUAGGAAUAAUUAGGAAUAAUAAUUCCCAGUAAAGUGCUUGGUGAGUGUACGCAAUACAGCUUCCGUUUAUGCUUUAAAGCAUUUGCCUUUUUUUUAUAUUGGCUUGAAUAAAAGUAAAUAAAUCAGC